UGGCCCCAGUUAUACAUUAGCGGCCAAUCUGAUCGUACAAAUUGCUUGUACUCAACCGCAAGUCUAGAAGUGCUUACAGUGGUUAAAACUUAGUGAAGAAAUUGAAAUUAGUAAGAAGGAUAAGCGAGAGAUCAUCCCAAAAAUUUACACAAAAUGUAUAAGUUAUCGUUUAUUCUGCUAAGCCUUUUAGCAGGCUUGKCUUUCGGUGCUUCAACGAACAACUUGCUUAAGAGCACAGAGAUCAAUUUAUUGCAAUUGAUGGUGGACACGCGAUCCAAUCAACGCGCCAACCCCGAGCAAAGCUUGGCUUGCUUCGAUUAUUACCUUAAAGUGUUUGACGAUCUCAAUGAGGAGUACCGGCUAGGCUUUGCUGCUUGCCUGGACACUGCCGAAGAUGAUAGGAGCAAGGUCGACGCUGCUACACAACCUGAACGAGAUGCGAUUGAAGCRUCGGCCAAGUCUUCGUGUGAGGCACUGAACGUUUGCGCACAACAUGUUGGAUCUAUUGAAUACUUCAGCUGCUUUUCAAGUACUGGCAAAGACAAUACCGAAAGCAUGUACGAGAUUUCAGCGGAUGCUGGCGAAACUUUAGCAAAUGUACGCGAAAGCUAUCGCUUAAUAGAAAAUGCUGAACACCGCUGUACGAAUGCAUCUGAACGUGAAUAUGUGGAGAAUACCUAUAAGACUAAUUUGGAAUUACAAAGCUGUCUUAGAGGUGAAUCGGCAGUACCGACCACCGUCGCUCCAACAUCUCCUUCAGAAACAACCCCGGGAGAGACAGAAUCAACAGCGACACCAACAGAGUCGACACCCGGAGAGACAGAAUCAACAGCGGCGCCAAGCCAGUCAACUCCAGAUACUCCUGAACCAACAGCCGCACCAACAGAGUCGACAACAGGGGCACCCGGAGAGACAGAAUCAACAGCGGCACCAACNGCACCAACAGAGUCGACAACAGGGGCACCCGGAGAGACAGAAUCAACAGCGGCACCAACGGAGUCAACUCCAGAUACUCCUGAACCAACGGCUGCACCAACAGAGUCRACSUCGGGCGCUCCAGUGGUAACCGAAGACGUUGGAACAACUACGAAUGGUGAUUUCAUGCCAGAAGAAGACCUGUUUGCUAUGAGGAAACUGCUGGCUAAACUGAAAAGCAGACUUGCAUUGAGCAAACAUUAAGAGCAUAAUAAUUGAAACUCACAAAAAAUACUAAAAUUUAUCAUAAUCAUAAUCUUAGAUGGAAAAUUGAUUUGAUUGAUUGAGUAUUUAAAACUAAUUAAUAUAAAUAAAUGCUACUUCAACUAUUAAUAAA